AUAUGGAAUGAACGCCUGGGCAUUAGGCUUCUUAUCAAUCAACUGGUAGCCUACAUAAUGUACAAUACUAAACACGGACAUCGCCGAUCGAUUACUUUGUGCGUUUGUCACGUUACUUGGCUCUCGGGCUUGGAAAAUGCAGCGAAAAUGCUGUAUACUUGGAAGACGGUACAGCGGUAGUUAGAUGUUUUUGUGAGCUGGUUGUGCUGUAGCCUCAGCUAUUUUGGAGAGUUUUUUGUCCUUUUAUUCGAUUAGCAGGCUUUGACACUGGAGCAAUUUAUAAAAUAACACUUUCAACUUGUCUCGAUCAGUUUGGUUGAUUUCUAAACGCAAUAGAUUACGUUUUUAAGUGUCCGACUUCAUGUGAAAGUUUUUUUUUGUGCUUGAUACUUAUUUUCACAGUUUUGUAUUAUUGAAUUCAUUUUAUGAUUUUACCUUUGGUUUGCACUUUGGGAAGAGACUAAGCGUGUAGUUAAGCGUGUAGUAAUAUGUUUGUACUGUAUUGCAGCUUGACGGGUAAUAUGUUAUUUCUUUACGCGUUAAUAUAGUUGGUGUAUGGAUUAUCUAAUCGGAAAUGACUGUUAAAUUGCAUCGGUGAGACGGGUACGUUAAGUUUAAUUGGAAAAUCAGUAUCCAACCCUUGCACUGAGAAUCUGAAUUUUAAAAUAGAAACGCCAAUACAUUGCGUAACGAAAAAGAGGAAACAAUACGUGAGCCUGAUUAUACAGGCAGCCCUGUUCCACCGCCCAGCUAGUUCUUGCAUGGAAAGUCAUGCACGCAACAAAAUCGUGUGUUCUCAAAGCGGUGUCCUGGCUGUUUGGAUUUAUGUUAAUUACUGGCAAGAAAGGAAGCAGGCCCAAGUCAAAACAUCAGGAUACAACGCGGAGUAAGCGGUGCAUUGCAAGGGCGUAUGGAAAACUUGCCGGGAUCGCGGAAAAGCCGACUCACACGUCCGAGGCGUGCAGCUGCCCGAGAGCAGUAGCCUUGUUCAUAGUUUUUCAGGUUCUCUGGAUACGCCAUAACAACAACAAUAAAUACUUUUAAAAACCAGAAACAAGAAAAGUGAUGGAGAACGUGACAGAUUUUUUUGACAAUUACAGCUACAUGUACUAUGAGUUUGAAGAGCUGUCAGAUCAUGACUACAGUCAAAGGGAGGUAACACACAUCAUCUCGGUGGUGGUCUACUGCACUGCCUUUGUUCUUGGCCUUUUUGGCAAUGCAGUUGUGAUCUGGGUGACGACGUGCAAAAGCAGGCCAUCGGUGAACACGGUGUGGCUGCUUAACCUGGCUGUGGCAGACUUCAUCUUUGUGCUCUUUCUGCCCGUCACCAUCGACUAUGUGCUAAGGGACUUCCAUUGGGGCUUUGGUGUGACCAUGUGCAAACUCAGCUCCUUUGUGUCUGUGGUGAACAUGUAUGCCAGUGUGCUGUUCGUCACGGUGCUCAGUCUCGACCGCUACAUUUCUCUGGUGCACCACACCUGGUCUCAGAGGCACCGCACCGUGUGCAGGGCAUGGAUUGUCUGUGGGGGGUUAUGGUGUGUAGCCACCUGCCUCAGCAUGCCCGCCCUGGUGUUCCGAGACACCAUUGAUUUGCACGGGAAAACUAUGUGCUUCAACAACUUCCACGACCAUGAUCCGCACAAGGCCGCCACGAGACACAUUAUCAUAGUUGUUGUCCGCACCACAAUCGGCUUCCUGCUGCCUUUCACUGCCAUCACGGUCACCGGCGUGCUUCUAGCAGUCCAGGCUCGACGCCCGCACGCCAUGCACCGGUCCAACUUCUCCCAGCUGGUGUUGGCAAUCAUCUUAGCUUUCUUCUUCUGCUGGGCUCCCUUCCACAUCUUCUGCCUGAUGGAGCUGUCAAUGCACAUCACCUUACACCUGAGUGAAGUUCUGAAGGUGGGUUUUCCGCUCGUCACCAGCCUGGCCUUCUUCAACAGCUGUGUCAACCCCGUGCUGUACGUGCUGCUUGGCCAGAAGGUGCGGAAACUCCUGAAGCGAUCCUGCCUCCGUCUCACUAAGCACUCGCUCCGGGAGCUCAGCCACUCUGUGUCUGCUACGGAGUCCCAGUCUGUACUGGCCAGCAGUGCCAACGCAGAGCCGGUUGAGCUGACGCUGGUUCAGAGCAACUGACGUUAUUUUGUUUUGCCAUCAUUGAGCUGCACCAUGGUUUUCUGUAAUGACACAAAAUAACUGACAAAUGUUCCUGCUUCGCUUUGUGUGGGGUCAGCCGGGACAGACACUGCCUGAAGUUUUCUUCCUGUCUGGCUAAAUGCUGUUGUAUCCGGUUACAUGAUGAUGUUUUUUUCACAGCACAGUCAACUCCAGAGUUAUUGGCACCUUUCAUGAAAACAAACUAAAAUUAAUAUAUAAAAAGAACCACACAUGUAAUGAGUGACAUUUUGUGCUUUAACACAAAUAGGCAACCCUCAUGCGUUUAUUUCCAAACAGACUGUUGAGACAAAAUACAUUUUUCCUUUAGUCACACACAUUUUCAUAAGAAUGCGGAUUCCAAAAAUAUUGCCCCCCCCCAAAUGUCUGUAUUUGGUGGAGCCUCCCCUGGCAAGAAUGGCAACACUCUGCCUCUUACUGUAGCAUUUAACAAGGCUGCAGAACACUUGUGAAGUGAUCUUGGACCACUUUUCCAUGCAGAACAUUUCCAACUCAUUGAGUAUCUUUGGUUUUCUCUUGUGAACUACCCUCUUCAACUGAGAUCACAGACUUUCUGUUGGGAUCAGGUCUGGAGACUGAGAGGGCCAUUGCAGAACCUUGACUUUGUGUUGCUGCAACCAUUUCUUUGUUGAUUUUGAUGUAUGAAGACCCAAUCACGGCGCAGUCUUGUCACAGAGGCAACCAGAUUUUUUGCUAAAAUGUUCUUGUAUUGAAUGGAAUUCAUUAUGCAACUCAUCUUAACAAGAGCCCCUGGACCACUGACAGCAAAACAGCCCUAAAGCCCCAAAGAGCCCCCACCAUAAUUCACCACAGGUAUGAGGUGCUGUUCUUUGUAUACAGUCCCCUUAUUUUGCCAAACAUGAUGAUGGUGUAUUGUGGUGGUGUCUCACUUUUGAUUUUGAUAUGGUGAAACUCCCAAGAUUCAACUUUGUGGUUGUUAUCUUUGGGCUCCUCUGCAGCUCCAGUGCAGGAGGUGGGGGGGACAGUAUGCGUAUACAUCCCCUUCCUGGCAAAUUUUCACCAGUUCCAUGCUUUUCAAAGUUUACUGUAGCCCUGCCUGUGCUUACUGGCAGUGUCAACUAAAGAACACGUUUGUAAACAUUCCCCAAUCUAUGCAGCGCUGCAGAUUUUUUCCCCUUCAUUUGAGUUGAGUGCUCUUUUACCCAUGUUGAUAGAUGGCAAAAGGAUUUUACCUGUGUGUUACCUCAUAUUUAUACCCCAGGGAAACAGGAUAUGGUCAUAGACAACAAGAGUUACUAAACACUGAAGCACUAUCAAGACACAUUUUUUCCCCAAAUAUGCACAUUCCUUUGGUUUGAAUUGGGUGCCUGUAAUUUUGCCACGUGUUUUUGACAGAAUAAGCUGUUCUAAAGGUAAAACAACACUUUUGCAGGAAUCAUUUUUAUUAAAUUGAAUAGGUAGUGCUUUUUCCAAACAUUUGGGGGAAAUUGGAAUCAUUGUAUGUAUGUAUCUAUAUUAAUGUCUUUGCUCACUUUUUGAGGCGUGCCAAUAUUUCUGGAGUUGACUGUAAAUGCUGUAUUGCGCCAAUUAAAUGGACUUGUAUUACUUCUACAAAAUUAAGCACAUAAACACAUUUAUAUUUAACUAAUAUACAUGAUCAAUUAAUGUUUCACAUUUGCAGUCUAUACUUUUCUAUUUUAGGACCUGAUUCUGAAAACAUUACUUAUAUAAUUUAUACAUUAAAAUGCUUUAGCUAGCUGUCAAAUUUUUAUUUGAUCUACUUUUAAUCUGGUAUCAUUUAUUAUAUUUAUGCAAAAAUAAAGGUGUUUAUGCUGUUUAC